AUGGUUGGGCAAAGAUAUAUCGCCAUCCUCAUUUGGGGAAUAUGCCUAGCCUUCCCUACCUCCGAUAAGCAAGUUCACGAGCCUUAUGCUGUCCAAGAGGUACAUACUGCCCCUCCGACAUGGCGUCGUAUUCGUCGUGCGACCCGAACAGAGCAAAUCACUCUGAAUAUCGGCCUCAAGCACGGACGAGCCAGUGAAUUAGAACGCCAGCUCUUGGAGAUUUCAAAUCCGUCAAACCCAAGAUAUAGACAAUAUUUCAGCAUCGAUGACCUACAUUCCUUGUCAAAGCCGCCACUGGGGGCAGUUGAGCAAGUUGUGACUUGGCUCUCAGUUCAUGGGAUUCAACAAGACAACCUCCAGUUCAGCCCUGCCCGGGACUGGGUCACAUUCAACACAUCCAUCCAGCAGGCGGAAAGUCUUUUAGGAACUGAAUAUUCCGUCUACAAAAACGGAAAUUCUCUCGCAACCCGAGCUCUUCAAUGGUCGGUCCCCAGCAACUUGCAAGGGGUAAUUGAUACCAUACAACCAACUACCUCAUUUUGGCACCUGAAGGCCAGAGAUCGGCAACAGAUCAACUCGACCGAUGACUCCAACCUUAAUCUUCAUGCCAUAGAAGCAGUUGGCCCUAAUGUUGGAAGUAUGGGCAUCGAUAUGAGUCACUUACCGAAGGAUUUGACACCCCGAGAGGCCUGUAAUGUGACUGCCGUUACUCCCUUGUGUCUUCGUGUUCUCUACGGAACACUGGGAUAUUCUGUUCAGACGAAGGAACCGAAACACAUGGCUCUUGUCAACUUCUUGGAAGAAUUCAACAAUCGCACCGAUCUGGCGCAAUUUGCAAAAUCAUAUCGGCCUGAUGCAAUCGCUGCUGCGGAAGGAUUUAGAGACCUGAGCAUUGCAGGCGGCAUCAACCAGCAAUCCCCUGCGAAUCCCGAUCAACUUUCCGAAAGACUUGGCCUUGAAGGAAACCUCGAUGCGGAAAUCUUAAUUGGAAUCGCGCACCCGAUUCCCUUAACCGCAUACACUGUGGGUGGACCGCCGCCUCCUUCUGUAUCGAGCUCGUCCUUUCCAGAAAAUACGAAUGAGCCAUAUCUCACUUGGCUCAAUUGGUUGCUGGCGCAGCCAGACUCUGAGCUUCCGAGUGUCAUCUCCUCCUCAUAUGGGGAAGUUGAAGAAACAGUACCGGUAUCAUAUGCUCGCAGAGUCUGUCUUGCGUUUGCCCAGCUUGGUCUUCGGGGAGUAUCGGUCAUCACAGGCUCGGGUGAUCACGGAGUAGGACAUCCAGCACACUGCGAAAAAGACUUUCUGGCGAAUUUCCCCGACUCAUGUCCCUGGGUCACUUCCGUUGGAGCCACCAAGGGAAUCAGCCCAGAGGUGGUUGCCACUAAUCCUGAUAACGGCUUUGUGUCAGGUGGAGGGUUCAGUAGGUACUUUCCCAGACCAUUCUACCAGGAAGGUAAAAACAGCAUUGAUCGUUACCUGGCUGAGAUUGGAAGUCUUCAUGAGGGGCGAUUCGAUCCUUCUGGACGUGCGUUUCCUGAUGUCGCUGCCCAGGGUUAUCGAUACGUGACGGUCUGGAACGGAACGACUAGACUGGUUGAUGGAACAUCAGCAUCAGCGCCGACAUUUGCGUCCAUUAUUGCGCUACUAAAUGAUGCACUAGCUGCUGAAGGACAGCCCGCAAUGGGUUUCCUGAAUCCUUGGCUGUAUGAGGAGGGCUGGAGGGCAUUCUUUGACGUGACCGAGGGGUCAAACGAGGGAUGCAAUACGACCGGGUUUCCGGCAAUCGAAGGUUGGGAUGUCGCAAGUGGAUGGGGCACUCCAAGCUUCCCGCGACUCAAAGAGCUGGCGCUGAGAAGAAGAUUCCGAGUUCAGUUACCCUGGUACAUGCGGUGGAAGGAAUGGUGGUGA